GUCACCAUGUCCCUGGCGGCCUCGGCGGGCCGGGGCCCGGGGGCCGUGUGGUCCCCGACCCACGUGCAGGUCACGGUGCUUCAGGCACGAGGUCUGCGGGCCAAGGGCCCCGGGGGCACGAGCGACGCGUACGCGGUGAUCCAGGUGGGCAAGGAGAAGUACGCCACGUCGGUGUCCGAGCGCAGCCUGGGCGCACCCGUGUGGCGCGAGGAGGCCACCUUCGAGCUGCCGCCGCUGCUGGCUUCCGGAGCGGCGCCCGCGGCCGCCGCCACCCUGCAGCUCACCGUGCUGCACCGCGCGCUGCUCGGCCUCGACAAGUUCCUGGGCCGCGCCGAGGUGGACCUGCGGGAGCUGCACCGGGACCAGGGCCGCCGCAAGACGCAGUGGUACCGCUUGAGAUCCAAGCCUGGCAAGCAGGACAAGGAGCGAGGGGAGAUCGAGGUGGACAUCCAGUUCAUGAGGAACAGCAUGACGGCCAGCAUGUUCGACCUGUCCGUGAAGGACAAGUCUCGGAACCCAUUCGGGAAGCUCAAGGACAAGAUCAAAGGCAAGAGCAAGGACAGCGCCUCUGACACUGCCUCGGCCAUCAUCCCCAGCACGAUGGUCUCCGCGGACAGCGACGACGAGGCUCCUUCCAAAGACAAGAAGAAGAAGUCCAAGAUCAAGACCUUGUUUUCCAAGUCGAACCUGCAGAAGACGCCGCUCUCCCAGUCCAUGUCUGUCCUGCCGACCUCGAAGCCGGACAAGGUGCUGCUGCGCCCCGGGGAUUUCCAGUCCCGCUGGGGCGAUGACGAUGAGGACGAGCCCUCCUCUGCCACUGAUGUCUCAUCUCACAAGAGAACAGCCAGUGCAGAUCCGAAACAGCCGAGCCAGAUCAACUUCAGCCUCCCCUUCCUCGGCGGCCUUCGGUCUAAAAAUGACGUCUUGUCUCGCUCGAACGUCUGUAUCAACGGGAGCCACGUGUACCUGGAGCAGCCGGAAGCCAGGAGCGAGGCCAAGGACAGCAGCGCCUCGUCCUCGCCGUCCCCCCAGGGCUUCCGGAAGAAGCGUUUGUUCUCAUCCACUGAAAACCUGGCCUCCAGGCCGUGGAAGGAGCCUGGCGAUGGAGGCGGGGCGGCCGCCGACCGGUGGUUCUCUGAGUCCCCCGCCCCGGACUCUGGGAAGGCCAUGACCCUGCCGUCCUACCGACCGCAAGUCACUGGGAAUGCCCAGGAAGACAGGGCUCUGGCCAGCAUGGAGGCUGCAAGAGAAACCCAGGAGAGCAAGAAACAGGAGAGCAAGAAGGCCUCUUUGCUGUCUCUGGUGACGGGGAAGAAGGACGCAGUGAAGGGCGGUGAGGGCGAAAGCAAGGAGAAGGAGGGCAAGCCGGGGCCUACGGGGGGUGCUACGGCUACUGCCUCUGCUCAGGGCCACGCCCUGAACCUCUUUGAAGAUGUGCAGAUCACAGAAGCCGAAGCCGACCCAGAGUCCCAGGCUGGACCAAAGCCGCCCAUUCCCACGCCGAGGGCGCCCCAGACCAAGGCCGUCAAGCCCCGGCUGCAUCCUGUGAAGCCAAUGAACGCGACGGCCCCCAAGAGUGCCGCCAUCAUCAGUGAGAACUUGAUCAACGAAGCCAUGAUGAAGAAAUACAGCCCCUCGGACCCCGCGUCCGCCUACGCGCAGCUGACCCACGAUGAGCUGAUCCAGCUGGUCCUCAAGCAGAAGGAGACCAUAAGCAAGAAGGAGUUCCAGGUGCGCGAGCUGGAGGACUACAUCGACAACCUGCUGGUCAGGGUCAUGGAGGAGACGCCCAACAUCCUCCGCAUCCCCGCGCAGGCGCAGGCGGGCCGGAGGGCGGGCAAGCUGUGACCGGAGGCCCCGCCCCGCCGGCCUGAGGCCCCGCCCCCGUCCCCGCCCUGGCCGGCUCUGCCACCGGAAGCCGGGUUCCUUCUACUGUGCAUUCCUGGGGUUUUCGUCUUAAAUGCCACCGUGCCUUUAACUCGGCUGUAAAUGCUUUAUGCCCACCAGAGAUACGGUCAGCAGAUCUGAUCUGAGCCAGAGAGGCGUUGCUUGUGGGGUUUUCUUUCUUUAAUAUGGAGAUUUUUCUUUCUUUUUUUCCCCUAAUCUGUACCCUCCAGCCAUCGGAGUGAAAUCAGAGGGCCGCGCAGUUGGUGCUGUGUUCCCCCGACGACCUUUCUUGACGUUGGGGAUUUCGGCCGCAGAUGCUGAAAACCCUGAUCCCACAUCAGCCUUCCGAGCCACUCAGACUCGGGCCUUAUUUAUUUAUUUUUUUUAAACUGGAGCAGGAGAGCUGAGGGACCCCUCUGAGCGUGUCUGUUAGCACAAGCUGCCGCUGCCUUAAACCCCAGGUUCCCCUGCGCUCCCACUCUGGUGGGAGAGAGGUCCUGGACCCCUCUCUCUGCUGGAGCGGUAGAAAGCAGACCAGGGAUCAUCCCAGCAGCCGAGGGCGCGGCCCCAGUCCCCCUGCUCCCAAUAGAGGGGUCCCUGCUGGCUAGACCGGCCCAUUCCGUGCCUGGGGCAGGGUGAGGCAGUGCCCGGCACUUUCCACAGCAGCACUCUGGGUGGGUAGACUCCUGGGGGGCCGGGAUUCCCUGGCCACUUUUGCCUGUGCACCUCCCCCAGCUCGCAGGGAAGCCCACACCACUUCCUGGAGAGCGGGGUGGGGUGGGGGGAGCAGCAAUUUGAGGUUUAGUGCUGUGUGCAUCCGUUGGCAAAAGCCAGUUGCAAACCAGAUGUGCCUCGGCCUUAACCUGCUUUAAGGCACCGCGUUGAGAAGAGCAGGAAGAUGCUGUGUGGAUUCGCACUGCUGUAUUUAAAAAGCCAGGGUGACACACCACUUUUUAUAGGGUACUUGCUGCCUUAGCUCACAGCGCUGGUACAGAUUCCUCAGGAAAUUUCAGGAGAACGUGUGCCUGUCACCCAUCGGCUCUCCCGGUGGGGCUAGGCGCUCCAUCUGCUCUUGCUGUCUGUCUCGGGGGUGUGGAGGGAUUCCACAGGGCCACGGGCACGGGUGGGGUGGGACUGAUUGAAUCAGAAUCUCUCCCUUGCACUCUUGUCGGAUUGCAGUCAGGAGGCAGGCUGGUGGGUAGCAGAAACCGCAUUUCAGGAUUUCAGAGCACUUUAAUCUGCAGGAUGAAACCGUAACUUGAUUUGUCCAAUUCACUUUUAAGGAUCAGCAGCAAUGUCGUUUUAUUUAAUUGAAUUCUCUCCCGCAGUACUGGGGGCUGCUGUCAGCUUCUCGGAUGCCUUGUGCUUUUAUCGUGCUAUGAAACUUAUCUACAUGUCCACUAAAAAAAACAAACCAAAACCCUGUAUAGUCACUUGAACUCUGAAAAUGUAUGUUAUCUAUUUGUCCCAUGUUAUGUUUUUACUUGAUGUUAAAUGUAUUUGUACUGUGAUAACCCAAGUGUGCUGGAGGCGGGGUAGGGGCAGGUGCACUUAGACUGGCGUCUCUCCCCGCUGAAGGGCGGGCAUGGGCACCUGUGUGGUCCUGGAGGGGUGGUUUGUCCGGAAUCUUCUACCACCUGCCAGGGAGGUGACUUCCCCAUGUCUGAAAUGCCACUUGGGAACUCUGGAGAAUGAAGGCCAACUGACUUGAAGGGCGUCUGGCGGCGGCCACUUGGCGGAACUAAAGCUGGCUCGCCAAGUACCUCACCUGGAGGUUGUCCGGCUGAUGAUAACAAGUCCUUGAGCGCUCAGGAGGGGCGGGGUCGCCCGGGAAAGGCUUUGAGGAGGAGAGAGCCAGUGUGCCCUCAGCUGGGCCGAGCACCUGCAUGCCCCCCGCAUGAUGUGUUUGAGAGGUCCAGGGAAUGAGGCUCUGUGAGGUGCAGCCUGGCCCGCGUGGGAGCCUGUGGGGGGAGGGGGACGAGAGACACCUGCGCUCCGUGUUGAAGGUGAGAGGCACCUGAACUGGAUGACGCGGGAUCUUCCCCUCCUGGGCUCCCUGGGUCCCUUCACCCUGUCAGCCCUUUUGUUUUCUUUUAAGAACUACUGAUGGAUGAUCCCUUGGGGCUGGGGUGGGGCCCCGGCCUCCAGGUCUCUGUGUAUCCCGCAUGGAGCUAGGAAGUUGAGUCCCACCCCCCUCCUAGCUGAGGGCCCUACCCAGCGCUGGUAUCCAAGGGUGGGGAGUUAUUAUUUCCUGCCUUGUUACUUUGGGGAUUUUGGAUCUCUGAUUUUUACGUGUAAGAAGUCACCCAAAAUUUCCUACAACACUAAAUAAAAACAGUG